ACAGUGCUCAAAGUGAGGCACAGUUUCUAACUGAAUGUUUUGCCUUUUUGAGAUUUCUGUCCGGAAUUUCUUCAAUUGUAAACUAAUCUAAAACUCUGACUUUAUUCUUUUCUUUUGCACAGCUUGUUUCGCUUAAUUGCAAGGUGCUGUUAAUAAGCAACCUGCCAGAGUAUCGUGAUGGCUGUUAUUUAGAGGAGGACAUCGCCGAUCUGCUCACUCCACACAGAUUUGAAUAUUACGACGAUACGAUCUACGUUAUACCACAGGCGCGCAUGGCUUUUGCCCUCAUGCCGACAGCAGUGGCAGCCAAAAACAUCGUGCUAGCAUCAGAAAAUAAACGUAAAUUUUUUCUCAAUGGGUCUAAACUUCGACUGCAGGUUGUGAAGCGCAGGAAUUUGAAUUUCAAGACCCCGCUUGAGUUUUAUACAUAUCUGAUGAAUCUGCUGUGUUAUGUUAAGAAGGCAGGGAUAGAUAUUGGAGCACGGACAAUCUACAUCAGGAACAUCUCACCAGACGAGUCCCGGGAUCUCAGAGAAGCUUUGGGAAAAAUCGGUAUUGUAAGAAACUACCUGCCUCUUCUCAACAAGGUGUUAAUUGAAUUUGAGUCUGUGUGUGAUGCUGAUCGCCUUGGUGUUUGGUACAGCCUUCUAAAACAGGCCACCGGCCACAAAUUGUCAAGGGUGGAAAUACCACACAGUGGAUUUACGUCACUGCCACCAAGAUUGCCACACAAAGCUUUGCCAGACAGCGAUGUUGCUGUUGACGGGGCAGCUGUCCCAACAGAAGAUGUGAUCAUCCCACAACGCAGCACUUCACCAUAUUGGAUCACAAUGACAACUAAUCCCUUUGUGUUCCCCACUGUCGCUCCUUGGUUCACAAUCCCAGAGUAUUUAACUGUCAGGGAACCUGAUGACAUUGAGAAAGCCCAAUCUCAAGGUUCUACGUUCUCCACGAUCAUGUUGACCGGUUUGCCAGAAGGAAACUACAGACAGGAGGAUGUUGCCAAGCUGGUGUGGCGUUACUUCCCUGAUCAGACUGUUCAGACUCUGUACUACAACAUAAUCGUUUUAUCACUGCAGAGGAGGGCCUUUGUGUUUUUUAACAGCUGGGAUGCGUGCUGCGAUUUCGCCAGAGAUUACCUCAAAGAUCCAGUUACAGUUGGAGAGUGGAGACUAGGAAUCCACAUUGUUUUACAAGACGUGCAUCCUGGUUCAAGUGAGGAGAGCAUGUACAGAAGCAUGAUGAAAUGGAGCAGCACUCAUGUUCCACAGUCUGAGUCUCUGGAGGACCGGCUCUUUAAGCAAGACUUUUAA